CACUGAUUAAUAUUCAGCUCCUUUAUCUUUUCUCAAUUACUAUGCCUUUUGACUUAAUCAAACAUAUAUUCAAGUUUUUCUAUCCCCCAGGGCAUAGGCAAUCAAGAUUAUUCUGCGCCGGGCAUUGGGAACCUCAUUCCCUGCUAUGACCGCACAGGUAAUCUAAUCGCCUUUCUUCCAGCCUCUCCACCAACGGGUCCCAUCACACAUAGAACUGGUGCUGCCGCACUCUCCGCCUCGAAUGAUUCAUCCCUCCCUCGACCCAUGAGACACCAUUCACAGGAGCUAUUCGAUCUCCCCCAAGGCUCAAAAUCCAACCCACGCCGACCUGUGCGAAGUCCUAGUCCUCGAGCAAUUCAACGUCGUGGUCCAGAUCGUCCAUCCAACUCUCAACGUCCCAAAUCUGGCCCAGGUGACCAGACACUGGCAGAUGAUUUGUGGGAUCCAUGGCCAGACGGAGACUUCGAACGGUUGUUCACAUGGGUAGAGGUCACAAGAACUGCCAAUCUCAGUGAACAUUGGGCCUGCCAGCCAGGAGGAGGAGACAAGAGGGGAUCAGAGUCAGCAUUGACGUGGCCACAAGGUAAAAAGACGAGACGUGUUUGCUUGGGGGUCAUUACCUGCGACGAACCGACGUGCGAGGUUGUCACACGUCCACGUACACGCCGAGCUGGCAUUAUGGCGCAGCUGAGUGUACCCUGCCUUUGUGGUGGGCAGCUUACACACAACGACUGUGGUGUCACGUCGGUGCUGCAUUCAUUCAAAGAAGGUGUCUACUACAUCCACAAGGGUGUUCAUAACCACCCAAAGCAAACUCACGUCUUGCAUCUGACCCGUGACGAGCGGACGAGAUUUGAACAGAUUGUCUUCGAAAAUCCUACUACUGGCCCAGCAGCAUUGGUUGCUGGUCGUCAUAGUCUUUCUGGUACCCGCGAAUCAGUCGCUACGAUCUCUACAGUGCUUCUCAACCAGGACCGUGUCAAGGCUGAGCUUCAAGCACUCCGGGGCAAGUCCACUCGAAACUUUGUCGACGACUUUGCAGAAUUCCAAAGAAAUCAUCCAGGCUACGUGUUGUAUUCUCAAUUCGAAGUCGUUACUGUUGUCGUCGUUCAAACUCAAUUCAUGGUGUCGCAACUAGUGACCGACUUCAUCGAGGCCGAGGCCGUCAAUGGCAUUGUUUCAGAUGCAGCGCAUGGAUUUUGGCACUCGCCGAAAGAUCUUCUCAUAAUCAGUUCAACAUAUUCACCUUUGCUCGCAUGCUGGGUACCUGGACUCAUGACCUAUGCCAAUGGAGGUUCAGCCGAACACUAUCGAUUACAUUUUCUCAUCCUUUUCAACUCCAUGGCAGACGAAUGCGAGAAGUAUGGCCACGAAGUCAAUGAUGAAUUAUUUGGAAAUGUUGUCGACUUCAGCGAGGCUGAGCGAGUCGGCUUUACUCAAGCAUUCAUUACGUUCUGGACCAAUCGCGAGGAUUCACGCUCUCUGGCCGAACUUGAAGAUGCAGCAGGUGCACUCCUCAAAGGCUGUCAGCAGCAUUACCGUUCUCAGGUCACGCGCGUCAAAAAAAUCAGCGGAGUCAUUGACCCCAGCAAGGCAGAUAAUUUUCAGAGUCGUGCCCUUGCCCUGUUGUCAGUCUCCGAUAUGGACACUUUCAAGCAAAAGGUCACUUCCCUUUUACGAGACUAUCCCAAGUUAAAGCCAUGGCUUGAGUGGUGGCUCCGUGAUAGCCAUGCUCAGAUGCUAUUUCCGCCGUUUCAGAAGAUGAAGACCGGUCUAUUCCAGGCGAUGCCAAACUCCACUAAUGCGGAAGAGGCAAUGCACGCCAAGCUAUAUGCGACAGUUGGUAAACGCUACCACUUGAUGGAGGGGCUGCUCUGCCUCCAAGUUUUCAUGGAAAGCUUCCAGCUACGUGCAGCUGGCCGAAGUGUGGGCGCUCCGAUUCGCUAUGGAACAGCCAAGACCUGGCAAAAUAACCUGCAAAUACAUGGUCGCACGCAUCCAGAAAGAGCACCACUAUCUCAGCGGUCAAAGUCCAGAAAAAAUGAUGGCCGACCUCCGGAUACCUCACGCCAGCUCCUGCGAACCCGGUCAAAGUCUCGUGGCAAGCAGCAAGUCUGGAAGGAAAACUUGGACUCAUGCUCCGACAGUUCGCUCGACUCCAACAUCUCGAACCAUCCAUUGAGCUCACGGCCCAGUUAUGCUUGUAUUGACCAGCCAUCCAAUGCAUCUCGUAUUUUGACGACUCAACGUGAUGGGUUCCGAAAGAAUCUCAAGGCCACGCACAUCGUCAAGGACACGUCAGGUCCAGACGGAGUAUUUGGCUGGCUAGGAAGGGUAUUCAAACUUCUCCUGCACGACAUGCCACCAGAAGAGACAUAUCUUGCUCGCACUUUCUUCGAGGCACAGACCAUAGACCUGCGAUUUUGCUCGGGUCCUUCAGGUGGACCGACACACUGGCAAAUACCACGUCGACCCCAUCCAAAGUGUCAUUUUCAGUUUAACAUCGAACUCUCCGUACAAUACAAGGGCGACCUAGCUGCUUGGUUCCGUGACCUGGUUCGUGUGAACAAGGAGCCCACUUCGAAGACUUAUUGCUGGCGAACUUUGGAUGCGGAAGUUUUAUGUCAUGGCUCCCCGAACUUCCUCACUCUGUAUCUUGGGAUUCCUGUGAUGCUCAUAGUUGAGUUCGGUGAUGUCCUCCAUCAUGGCAACAAAUGGAACAUUCCCAAGCACAUAAGACCACUCACAAAAGAAGCUGAAGAAAAGCAUUUGCUCGUUUACGAUGUCGUUGGUCUUGCCUUUUGCGAUCGCACCUCAAACCUCGCACACUUUGUUGCUCGCUACUCACCUGAUGGCAAGAGGGUCUAUCAUUAUGAUGACCUUUCGCAUGGUGGAUUUGCACAACUGAUGAAGAAUGCAACUCUCAAAAGCCAUCUUGUGGGCAAUUUGCACGACAUCCCUGCACCGGCAGGCUUCAAUGUUCACGGUGUUGUGUAUAGGUUACGUGGGGGCUCCACCGCACAGGAUUUCUUCGCCGAGUAUCAAAUAGCGGCUGCAGAACGUUUGCACCACGUUCACGUCGAACGCGACAUGCAGUCAUCAAAAUCAAUUCCUACCAUUUCAUUUUCUUGGCCUGGAGUAUCUGCCGUUGAUCCAGACAAUCUUAUUUGGCUCAAAAACCCGGCAACUACACAGAAUGUAGAAUACGAGGAGAGUUUACCCGAUCCAUUAGAAAAUUCAUUGGACCUUCAGGCAUCCGGUGACGAGGAGGCUGCUGUACCCAAGAUAGAAAAAUCAUUGGACCUGGAUGACGGCGAGAGUGAAGCAUCCGACUAUACAUUUCAUUGCAGGUGUGGAGCUCAAGGCAAUGGUCACGAUGUUGCAGGUGGCCAGAAGACAAUUCAAUGCGAUCUGUGUGAAAAUUGGUCACACAUUGCUUGUCAGAGAGGUGGUCGAGCGAGCAAUCUCCAUCCGAAAGCAAAAUUCCAUUGUGAUGGAUGCUCGACACAGCAGUCAAAAGAGGUGCCGCCAACUCGCAACAGCAGAAAAGCCACAAGCAAGAAGAAAAUGGCUCUGCUUCCUACACGUCUAAUCGCCGGCAAAGGAGCUCUUGCUCGUCUUGGGAAGUACUGGUAUCCUGUGCGGCUGAUUCAGUCCUAUGUUGCUGCCAAUCUCCACGGAACUGCACGUAACCGAGUACACUGGCGAGUCGUUUGGUGGCGCGGUUGCAAAUUUCCAUCAAGUCUCGGAUCACCUCCUGGUGAUGUUGAGCAAGGAGAUCUCGUGGACGAACUGUGGCAGGACCAUGCUAAGAGGCGUGAGAUCCGUCUCGGAGAAUGGGUUCACUCUUGGGAUACCCCUCGCGAAGAAGACUUGAUUCAAAACUUUAUGUCAGCACCAGCAUCAAAAGAAUUGGACAACAUUCUACGACCUCAUAUAGCUUCGCUUCAGAAGCUCCUUGACAGUCCUGACUUGAACGAGCGUGGCGCAGAGGCAUAUCCUGUGAUAGACUACAUCAUGCAUUCGAAGAAGAACCUACUAGACGGUGUAGGUGCAUACAGCAUCCCAUAUUGUGGCGACAUCUCAUCUCACGAGUAUGCGAAAAUCGCACGUUGGUUCUCUGAGAACAUUCCCGGUGCUUCGAGUCAAGUCGAAAAAUGGCUCGGCGGCAUGGCUUUAGUGCACGCCUUCACUCUUGUUGUUGCUCACCGAAAGGCUGGUGAUUUCAAAAAAUGUCUGGAAGCUCAGAACGAGCAAUGGAAUGAAAGAGCACUGUUGAAGAUGGCAUGGGCUGACCUACUGAUCAGUUAUCCUGCUGACAGCUUUGUCGCAGACGUAGACCUCGAGUGCUUAACUGCACUAGAAGCAAGGAUGUUCGAGGAUUCUGAAGAAGCAGGGCCUGCAGGCAACCAGCAGUGGGGUUUGGAUGCUGGUCAACAUCAUAGGCGGUGGAACGUGUAUCUGAAUGUGCCUAGUGAAUGGGUUAGCGGACGAGAAUACAGUGAGAGUGAAUUGAAGGUGAGGAAACUUGAACACUACCUGCUUUUUCUUACUCGCGCAAUCAAUAGCAUGGCCGCUUGUUCAGCGAUAAUUCCGACGCCACGUCAGAAGCUGAAGUUGCAGCUCCUUCGCUGCUGGCUGAAGAAGAACUUGUUGCCGUGA